GGUGGGUACGCAGUGUUUGAAUGGCCCCGUCCCCAUCCCAUCACUGUGACCGAAAGCAACCAUACCACCUCACCAGUCCACCAAAACGCGUCGCGAGCGUUGGUGUCGCACGCCCAAUUGCACACUGAAGGCUAAACUACUUCGUCACCAUGACUAAUCCCGUUCGUUAUUUUCCGUGAGUUCAGUAAAGCGACAAAGCUACGUGACGCAGUUUUGUAAUCAAUAGACAGAUUCUUAUGAAAAUUUGUUUACUUUAAAUUUCUAUUGCUUCGUUGGCCACCUGUGUGAGCAGUUUUUGUGUAUGUGUCAAGGCUGGAUGACAACAAAUUCAUUUCAGCGACCCAUGUGAACAUUUUAAGUGCCUGAAAAAUAAGGCGGAGUGAGUCAGAAUUGUUUCUUGAUAAAGAAUUUCGAAGUAAUCUAAGCCGCUGCUAGUACUACUAAUAAUAAUUUAAGUUACUUAGUAUUAUGGCGCCAACAGUUCAGAACGUGAAAUUUAUUGGACCUGAGUUCAAUCAAAAUAUUCGAUUGAUAGAUAAAAGUGAUAACUUAAAAGAUGGUGAAAAUUUUGAGAACAAUAACACAGUACAUAAACACGACAUCACUGAAGAAAAAAAUAUUGAUUUCAACAAAGAGUUAGCUAAAUAUGAAGCCAUGAAAUUUACACCGAGAAUAAGGUGGCCCGAUUUAAUAGUCCAAGUGAGUUUACAUUUAGUGACAAUGUAUGGAUUCUAUCUCAUUUUAAUCGGCGAAGUGAUGUUCCUUACAACAAUUUUCGCUUUUGCUGUAAUAUAUACAUCGGGUUUCGGCAUCACUGCAGGCGUUCACAGGCUGUGGUCUCACAGAUCAUAUAGAGCAACUCUACCGCUAAGGAUUUUACUCGCCAUACUGUUCACAAUAACGGGUCAAAGAGACAUCUACACGUGGGCGUUAGACCACCGCGUACAUCACAAAUAUUCAGACACCGUAGCGGAUCCACACGACAUCCGUAGAGGCUUCUGGUUCGCUCACGUUGGUUGGUUGGUUCUGACACCACAUCCAGCCGUAGAAAAUCGGCGGGCAGCCCUGAGGAAAACUUCCGUCGACCUCAUCGAUGACCCUGUAGUGAGAUAUCAAAAGUUGUUCUUCAUUCCCCUAUUUUUACUACUUAACAUUUUACUCCCCGUGGGUAUACCUAUUUAUUUCUGGGGAGAAACGCCUUUAAACAGUUUCGUGAUUAGCUUCGUAACGAGGUUCACGGUGACACUAAACAUCGCAUUCUCCGUCAACAGUUUCGCUCAUUUAUAUGGCAAUAAGCCAUAUGACAGAUUUAUAAAUCCAGUGGAGAAUCCUAUGGUGAGUUUAGCGGCCCUAGGGGAGGGGUGGCACAAUUAUCAUCACGUCUUCCCGUGGGAUUACAGAACGUCGGAAUAUGGAAGGCUGAAUAUUUCCACGAAGUUUAUUGACGCAUUCGCUAAAAUAGGCUGGGCGUAUGAUUUAAAAGCAGCUACAAAUACCAUGAUAGAAAAGCGAGCAGCCAGAAGUGGAAAAGGACCCUUUAAUGACGCAAACCAAUCUGAAUCUGUCGACAUCACUGAAUAAGAUUUAAUCAAAUUGCUUGUAAAUUUACUUUUCCACGUACCAGUGAUUUGAAACUAUUUACAGUAACUUCAUUA